AUGAGAGGCCAGCCCGUCGCCAUCUUGGAUUCUCCAGGCCGUCCGAGCUUCGGGUCGUCUCCAGGAAUGGUCUAAGAAUUCGACAAAUCGACCGCCGACCUCCCAACCGCUGCGUCCGAACGUUUUCCCGGACACUCUAGAUCGUGGAACUGCACUUAUUGUACGGAUGAGUUUUAAUUCGGGACCGACACGCUCGAAAACAUUCAAGUGAAAGUGACGGACGACGGUCGGUGCGGAUGACAGCUAAAAUCGGCCACGUUUGAAACGUCGCGAGCGUCACGCCCCGUCAACCAGCCAGGUCAAGGUUGUGAGUGUUCGCCGUUUUCGGCGAUGCCCGUUCGGCACUGACAAAUCGGCAAGAUGGGAUCGUGUUUUUCGAGGUCGCGCAACUCUGGAAAUGUGUCCGGAGGGGGCGCAGUGCAGCUUGAUUCGGGCGCAGGUGGCUCGAUGCUGGGCGGCGUCGGCGGCGUGCCAGUCUCCAGCCCAACCACCGGAGUCGGAGGCGUCAACGAUGGGGUCGGUGUGGGCCCUAGAAAUGGGCCUAUGCCCCCAAUGCCCAUGGGCGUGCCUGGAGAUGGUGGUGGAGACGUGUCCGGCUCGGUCAACGUAGGCAAUUCGGGUUCCACUGGAACCAAUGCCCAAAAUCACAAGGUCUUUGUGGCCCUGUACGAUUACGAUGCUCGUACAGAUGAAGACCUCAGCUUCAGGAAGGGCGAGCACCUUGAGAUUUUAAAUGACACUCAGGGCGAUUGGUGGCUUGCUCGAAGCAAAGCCUCCAGACAGGAAGGCUACAUUCCUUCAAACUACGUGGCCAAGUUACGAUCAAUAGAGGCUGAGCCAUGGUAUUUUGGAAAAAUCAAACGCAUUGAGGCUGAAAAGAAACUGCUUCUCCCUGAAAACGACCAUGGAGCCUUCUUGAUCAGAGACUCUGAAUCUAGAAGGAAUGAUUAUUCUCUCUCAGUGAGAGACGGAGACACCGUCAAGCAUUACAGAAUUAGACAACUGGACGAGGGUGGCUUUUUUAUUGCCAGAAGAACGACUUUCAGAACGCUGCAGGAGCUCGUCGAGCAUUACAGCCAAGAUCCGGAUGGUCUCUGCGUCAAUCUUCGCAAAGCUUGCAUUCAGGUUGAGAAACCUGUCACCGGUGGACUGUCACACUCAACUAGGGACCAAUGGGAGAUCGACAGAGGUUCUCUCAAGUUUGUGCGCAAAUUGGGACACGGGCAGUUUGGAGAGGUGUGGGAAGGACUUUGGAACAAUACCACACCUGUCGCAAUCAAAACGCUAAAGCCAGGAACUAUGGACCCCAAAGACUUUUUAGCUGAAGCUCAAAUUAUGAAGAAGUUGCGGCACACAAAGCUCAUCCAGUUGUACGCCGUGUGCACCAUGGAGGAGCCCAUCUACAUCAUCACUGAGCUCAUGAAGAAUGGUAGUCUACUUGAGUACCUGCAAGGCAAGGGUCGGGCCCUGAAACUGCCCCCCUUGAUCGACAUGGCUGCUCAAAUUGCUAGCGGAAUGGCCUAUCUCGAGAGUCAAAAUUAUAUUCACAGAGACUUGGCUGCGAGGAACGUUCUAGUGGCCGAAUCCAACGUUGUCAAGAUUGCUGACUUUGGUCUAGCUCGACUGAUAAAGGAGGAUGAAUACGAAGCUAGGGUUGGUGCCAGAUUCCCAAUUAAGUGGACAGCGCCCGAAGCUGCUAAUUAUUCCAAGUUCUCUAUCAAAUCGGACGUUUGGUCAUUUGGCAUUCUACUCACUGAGCUUGUCACAUAUGGCAGAAUUCCUUAUCCAGGAAUGACCAAUGCUGAGGUGCUGCAUCAAGUUGAGCAUGGCUACCGAAUGCCGUGUCCUCCAGGCUGCCCCGCCGCCCUGUACGAUAUCAUGCUCGAGUGCUGGCACAAGGACCCGAUGAAGCGGCCAACCUUCGAGACGCUGCAAUGGAAGCUGGAGGACUUCUUCACCAUGGAGGGCUCCGAGUACAAAGAGGCCAGUGGCAUGGCACAAUACUGAGAUACACUCCGCAGCACCAUGCCUCGAAAUACCCGGACGCUGCGUUAAAAAAAAAAUUGAAUGGACAAACGUUGAAAGUGAAAUGAUAUAUACGAACAAAAUCGAAUGAAAAGACUCGCCGCUAGUGCAAGAAGAGGACUGUUUGCAUUUCAGGUGACCUGCUCACGCGUAAGUUAAUUGUAACUCUCUUGAUUCCGAGGUCGUACUUGGAGCAAAUUAGCGCGGAAAAUGAACUCGGUUUCUCUCCGCUGGUUGAGGGAAUUCUAUUAUGCUGAUAUUAAAAUACGAAUUGGAAAAAAAAGUAAUAAGAAGUAUAAUCUACCAGAUAUUUGUGUACAUUAAAGAAAGAAAGAAAGAAAGAGUAUUCGUAAUGCCAUAAUAUUAUCAACAAACUCUCUCACGAUGAGAAUGAAAGCAAAUCCCACAGCGACAAAGCUCCGAACUUUUGUGAUGUGACAAUUUAUUCUUAUGAUUAUUGUUAUAUAUACUGUAGAAAAGAGGUGUCCUGCUCGGUUUCGAAACGACUAAAUUUUGGACUCGUUCCCGCACCAGCUCGCUCGCGAUAUUUUUACAUGCAUUCAUGGCUUCCAUUGUACAACUUGCUAAAUGACAUGAUCAAUCAAUGUAUUAUUCAUUAUUUUACAGUAUUCUAUUUCCAGUAAGCACAAUUUUUACACUUCGUGUACCAGAUAAAAGAAAAAUAUUAAAGGAAGAUCAUAUUACUCAAAUGUA